AUGAACUACAAGGAUCGAGGCCGGAACUCGCUUGAAGUUGAUGGACAAACUGAGGGAACCGGCGAUGGGCUGCUCCUGUCCCUUGCCGAGAGCAUGCGACAGCAUGAGCGAUUGGCAUUCGACCAAGGCUUUCAUGUCCUAGGGAGCCGUGGCCGACUAGGAGGUCUCACGCGUAGAUUCAACAUUUACAGCUACCAACUGCACGCCGCCUACUUCCCCGAGGGCAAGCGAUGCGAGAGUACCAUGGCUUUUCCUGGUGGUAACACGAUGACCCCGGACACGGACUCCAAAACCCUUCUGGCCGGUGUCGCCGCCGCCCUGGUCGGCAGCAUCUGCCUCUACUCCCUCGCCACGCCCGCGAAGCGCUCCGGGCUCGGCGAUCAGCCUCCGGGGCUGAUCAAGUCCUUCUUCCUCUUCUUCUAUUCCUGCUUCCUCAAGCCCCACACCAACGGUAGCACGGGCACCCAACAGGAUGCCCUCGAGAGCUUCUACAGGAGGCAAGCCGGCGCCUACGAUGCCACCCGCGGCGUCCUCCUCCAGGGCCGCGAGGACCUCCUCGGGCUCGUUGCCGCGCAGCUCCAGGCGAGAGCCGUGGCUGCGCAGAAUGAUGGCGCUGCGAAGAGUCAGAAGAGCAGGAUUUGGGUUGAUGUUGGUGGCGGCACAGGCUACAAUAUCGAGGCCAUGGGCCGCUUCGUCAACGUCCCCGAGUUCUUCUCGAGCGUCUACCUUGUCGAUUUCUCGCCCUCCCUCUGCGAGGUCGCGAGGAAGCGCUUCCAGAGGCUCGGCUGGGACAACGUCAAGGUUGUAUGCGAGGACGCGCGGAAGUUUCGCCUCGAGGAUUACGAGAGUGACCUCUCCGGCGAUCGUACCCCCACCAAGUCCUCCAGCUACAGCUAUUUUGCGCCCAAGAGGCCGGAGCAUGGCGGUGCUGACCUCGUGACCAUGUCGUACAGCCUUUCCAUGAUUGUGGACUUCUCGUUCCGCAACUUCACCGGCGGCUUCGUCGACCGUCACGUCAACUUCUUCACCCGUAGCUUCUGGAGGGCUUGGUUCGACGUUGACCGCGUCAGCCUCGAACCCGGUCGCCGCGACUACCUCGAGUACAAGUUCGGUACCCUGCUGACCAUCAACGGCCGCAACAAGUCUCUUGGCCGUAUCCCCUACUACGUCUGGGUCGGCGUGCACAAGGCCCCCUUUUCCUCCUCCGCCCUCCCGCACGAGAUCGUGGAGAAGAUUGAUGCCCUCGUGACCGAGUCCCCUCGCCUCCUACCCGCGAACAGGGGCGGCGACGCUCUGAGCCGCGCCAUCGAGCGCUCUGCCCCCGAAAUCCGAUCCAAGGCUUUCCUCACCGCCGUCCAGAACCUGUCCGCCAACCUACCUCUCCCGGCCUUCUUCUAUCAGAACCACCACUGGAGAAUCUACUACGAUGACCAGCUCAAGAAGCAUACCCAGUUCAACGAUGAGUACAUUUACGCCUUUACGUGGGAGGACGCCCGGGUCGACGAGCGCAUCCUCAAGAUCGGUCCCGACGACGUGAUUCUCGCCAUCACGAGCGCCGGCGACAACAUCCUCUCCUACGCCCGCCAGGGCCCAGCCCGUAUUCACGCGGUCGACCUCAACCCCACGCAGAACCACCUACUCGAGCUCAAGGUUGCCUCGUAUACCGCGCUUCCCUACGAGGACUUUUGGAUGCUCUUUGGCGAAGGCAAGCAUCCGCGCUUCCGGGAGCUCCUCAUGACCAAACUGUCGCCUCACCUUUCCAGCCGCGCCUUCCAGUACUGGGUCGCCAACGUCGACACCCUCAACGAGCAGCGCGAGAUUUGGCGCAACCGCAUACGGCCCGCCCUCCUCUCUCGCCUCAUCUGCAACCUCGUCGUCAGCCAGGAAGCUUUUCUCUGGGCCGCGCUGGGCGUGCCCAAGAACCAGCUCGCCAUGAUUGAGCAGGACCACGCCGAAAGCGACGAGGUCCGGGGCGCCAACCCCACCUCCAAGAACAAGCGGUCCCACGCCAUCUGGAAGUACAUGGUUGACACCCUCGAUCCCGUGGCCGAGGAGACGCACGUCGCCGCCGACAACCCGUACUACUACGUCUGCCUCGCCGGCAAAUUCUCUCCGCGCUGCCACCCCGACUACCUCCGCGCCCAGACCCACGCGCGCCUCUCCCAGCCCGGCGCGCUCGACGGGCUGCGCAUCCAUACCGAUGAGCUCGACGAGGUGAUUGCCCGCAUCACGCCCGGCACCCUGACCAUCGCCGUGGUCAUGGACAGCAUGGAUUGGUUCGACCCGUCCGACCCCGGUGCCGCGGUUCGCCAAAUCUCGCGGCUGAACCGCGCUCUGGCCAUGGGCGGCCGCGUGCUCCUGCGAUCCUCGGCGCUGGCCCCGUGGUAUCUCAAAGAGUUUCAGGCCUACGGGUUUUCGCCCAAGAGCGUCGGGGACAGGGGCGUGUCGACGCCGUGCAUUGACAGGGUCAACAUGUACGCUUCCUGCUGGCUCUGCACCAAGGUUGGCAACUUGCCGCCGCCGACUCCCGAGAUGGAGGGCAUGGCGGGCUCCGAUAUCAACCCCCUCGUAUUGUAA